GUCACUGUCACGAGAAAGCUCCAGGUGGCAGCCACGACAAGGAGAAAUACUUUGAUGACCACCAUGGCUCAGUGACAGCAGUGGCAGAAGGACACUCUGAAGGAAGUACAGAAGACCCAGAAGUCCUUACUCAGAGUUCAGCAAGGGAUCCCUCUUUCCUGAGACUGGAAAACACAGUCAGUGCUGAGAGCAACGGUUCAGAAGGAGUGGAGGGGCCAGAAGACCAUCAGAUGUCUGAAGAGAUGCUGGCUUUGGUGGAUGAGUUUGAAAACUCUUGGCCUCAGGAAGGUUUUGAAGGGGCCCUGGAGGUCAAAGGCCGUCGGAUGGACCUGCAGGGAAUCCGAGUCCUGAAGAAGGGAGCUCAGGAUGCACUCACUAGCUCCUGUUUUGGGGACUGUGGUGAUGAUGAUGAAGCUGAAUGGAUCACUUUUCAAGUCAAACGUUUAAAGAAACCAAAAGCUGAGAACUUGGAUCUCCAGGAACCAGCUGGGAGAAACGGGGAAGAAGGGAACAAUGGAGAAAAUGAAAACUUGUACCAAACUGCCCUGGAGAUCAGUGGACCAAAGAUACCCUCUCCUGGACCAACAGGAACAAGGCGUGACUAUCGUAGCCUUGGCUGGCCAAGCCCUGACGAGUGCCUGAAACUCCGCAGGGUAGAGCUUACAACUGUGGCCAGCACAUGGCUUGCUGUUUCUGCUAAAAACAUUGACAUUACAGAACACAUUGAUUUUGCCACACAGCUGCAAGAACCAGCCAUGGAGCCCCUUUGCAACCCAAACCUACCAGCCAGCAUGCAUACUUUGGACCACCUGCAAGGUGUCUCUGGUCGGGCCAGCUUGCAUUACACUGGAGAAAGUCAACUGAAAGAGGUGCUACAGAACCUUGGCAAAGACCAGUACUCCCCACAGUCCCUAGAACAAGUUGGCACUCGAAUAGCCAAAGCUUUGGAAAAGAACCAGACCUCCUGGGUCCUGUCCAGCAUGGCAGCUCUGUACUGGCGGGUGAAAGGCCAGGGGAAGAAGGCCAUCGACUGCUUACGGCAGGCGCUGCACUACGCACCCCACCACAUGAAGGACGUGCCACUAAUAAGCCUGGCAAACAUCUUCCACAACGCCAAGCUCUGGAACGACGCCAUCAUCGUGGCUACCAUGGCAGUGGAGAUAGCUCCACACUUUGUGGUCAAUCACUUCACACUGGCAAACGUCUACGUGGCAAUGGAGGAGUUUGAGAAGGCCAUGAAGUGGUAUGAGUCAACCCUAAAACUCCAGCCCGAGUUUGCCCCAGCAAAGAAUCGGAUCCGCACCAUCCAGUGUCAUCUACUGCUGAAAAAAGAGCGACGCUCUCCGUAG